AUGAUGCUGCGGUCGGGGAGCGGAGCUCUGUCAGGUGCAACAUUAUCAAAUGUACCGAGGACAAGAGCUUCAGCCUUCACUACUACUACCUUGAACAUCCCCUCAUGCACGCCAUCUCGAGCUUUCCAGAGCAGAUCAUUCGCAGCUUCCGCCGCCGCAUCCAAAUCGAUUUCAAGACCUAGUCGCUCCUUCCCUUCCUCUUCGACUCUAUCCUCCACUCCGAAGCUCUUGAGCAUUUCCCAACCCCGCUUUGGGAGACAUUUCCACGCAACACCAUCCGCAAUGGCAGAAACAAGAGCAGAGACCGAUGCAUUCGGCGAGGUGCUUGUACCGGCAGACAAAUACUGGGGAGCACAAACAGAACGGUCCCUGGAAAACUUCAAAAUCAACCAGCCGCAGGAUCGCAUGCCACCUCCGAUUGUCAGGGCUUUCGGUAUCCUAAAGGGCGCCGCAGCUACUGUCAACAUGCAAUUUGGACUCGACCCUAAAGUUGGUAAAGCUAUUCAAGAAGCUGCCGCUGAAGUAGCUUCUCUCAAGCUGAUCGACCACUUUCCCCUCGUUGUCUGGCAGACCGGCUCCGGAACACAGUCAAACAUGAAUGCGAACGAGGUCAUCUCCAAUCGUGCCAUUGAGAUACUUGGAGGAAAGAUGGGCAGCAAGAAACCUGUGCAUCCCAAUGAUCAUGUCAAUAUGAGUGCUUCUUCAAACGAUACCUUCCCCACUGUUAUGCACAUUGCAGCGGUGCUCGAAAUCGAGAAUGAACUGUUGCCAGCCAUCAAGUCUCUUCGAGAUGCUCUCCAGGCAAAGGUCGACGAUUUUGAAGCCAAGAAGAUCAUCAAGAUUGGACGAACACAUCUCCAGGAUGCUACGCCUUUGACUCUCGCCCAAGAAUUCUCUGGAUAUGUGGCACAACUCGACUAUGGCGUUAAGCGUGUCGAAUCAUCCCUCCCCGACCUCCGUCUGCUGGCCCAGGGAGGAACUGCUGUUGGUACGGGAAUAAACACCUUCAAGGGCUUCGCAGAGGCCAUUGCCUCAGAAGUGAGCAAGAUGACUGGCACUGAGUUCAAGACUGCACCAAACAAGUUUGAGGCUCUCGCUGCUCAUGAUGCCAUUGUACAGGCUUCAGGAUCCCUCAACACUCUCGCAUCUUCCCUUUUCAAAAUAGCUCAGGAUAUCAGAUAUCUUGGUUCUGGACCACGUUGUGGUCUUGGAGAACUUGCUCUGCCAGAAAACGAACCUGGCAGCAGUAUCAUGCCCGGCAAGGUAAACCCAACUCAGUGCGAGGCUCUGACGAUGGUGUGCGCCCAAGUUAUUGGCAACCACACAGCUACGACGAUUGGCGGUAUGAAUGGCCAAUUCGAAUUGAACGUCUUCAAGCCCUUGGUCAUUCGAAACCUUCUUCACAGCAUCCGCAUACUGAGUGACGGCAUGCGAAGCUUCGAGAAGAACUUAGUUGUCGGUCUCCAAGCAAAUGAGGAAAAGAUCAGCAGUAUUGUAAAGGAGUCCUUGAUGCUGGUUACUUGCCUGAACCCUAAGAUUGGGUACGACAUGGCAAGCAAGGUAGCUAAGAACGCGCACAAGAAGGGCUUAACCCUGAAAGAAUCAGCUAUGGAAUUGAAGGCUUUGAGUGAGGAGGAUUUUGACAGGCUUGUAAAGCCUGAGUUGAUGAUUAAUCCUGAAGAGUAUAAACCGAAGCUCUAG